UGUUAGUUAUGGUGUUUGGUGGUAGUGGUGGUGUGCGGGUGUUGCGAUAACUGUACUGUACUAUAUAAUUACUUUUCUCGGUUAUGUAUGUACAUACGUACGUACGUAGGGAGGAAUUCCCCUUCUUCCAUCAUAGGAUCUAGUAAGAAAAUUCCUCUUUAAUUUUGACAUUGCUUGUGAGCGGGAAAUCGUUGGAUCGAAUUACUUAAUGAUAUGUUCAACAACAAGACGCGCACUGUUCGUGAAUGCCUUCAAUUUAGCGUUCUCGUCCGCCAGAGUCAAUCUGUACCGAAGCAGGAGAAAUUCGCCUAUCUCGAGUUUAUAAUCGAAAUGCUGAUCGUGGAAGGGAAUAUAGUAAGUACACUGUACUUAGUUCUCUGGUCAUAUAAAAAAAAAAAAUAAGAGCUACUUUACAAUCCAAGAUUCAGCUCUCAACGGAAGGAUACGUUUUUUUGGGUUUAAUUUUAUUCUUCCAGUCGACUAUUCUACUUGUCUGCUGCUUCUUGUACUAGAAGCUUGGAUAGCUGCAUUUCUCACCUGUAAUUCCUUCAUCGUCUGUUAUGGAGACGACGGCCACUAUUGUUCUGACGCCAGGAGAAAGGGGUUAGACUAGGGAUAUUGCUUACAGAUUCAAAGUCAC